UCUAGUCAUUCGUUUAACAAUCCCCCUGGAGGCAUUGCCUUCCUUUUCAAUCUUUCUCUCCUCUUUCUGUUCUCCUUCUCCGCCAAACUUCUCGUCCUUCCUUGCGUUUGCGGCUAUCUGGGCCUACGUGACUUGAUAAGGCUGAUCCACGCUAUUCGCCGAAACUCCGAUCCAACCAGUCCUCGACAUACUUUCAGUUGCUUGCGCCUUUUCCCCCUCUCGAUUGCCAUUCUUCCUGCCUCCUGUCGACUGCCUCCCUGCGCGUGGUGGUUUUAUGUGAAACAAACCGACUUCGGAUAUAGAACGGUGCAAGUGCACCAAGACAGAUUGCGAUGGGCGACACUCACAAGACCAGACGGAUUGUCUCCGUCAUUGCGGGCACGUUAGUAGCUCUGGCCUGUGGUACCAAUUAUGCGUAUUCAGCAUGGGCACCCCAAUUCAGUCAUCGCAUGAAGAUCACCUCCACCGAAACCAACUUCAUCGGGGCAGCUGGGAACCUGGGCAUGUAUGCGUCGGGAAUCCCUUUGGGGUUGUUGACGGAUGCGAAAGGCCCGAGGUUGACGACGUUCAUCGGAGCGAUAGCCCUCGGCAUUGGGUAUUACCCCAUAUACUCAGCAUAUGAGCAUGGACAAGGGUCCUUGGGAGUCGGCCUUUUGUCGUUUUUCGCAUUUCUCACGGGCUUCGGAAGUUCCUCUGCCUUUUCGGCGUCGAUCAAGACGGCGGCGUCGAACUUCCCUACUCAUCGAGGAACUGCCACGGCGUUCCCUCUGGCCGCGUUCGGUCUCAGCGCCUUUUUCUGGUCGACCAUAUCUGCCGUGAUAUUCAAGGAUGACACCGGUCGAUUCCUCCUUCUGCUGGCAAUCGGUACCUGCAUUUUGAACCUCAUCUCCAUUCCUAUGAUCCAGAUCGUGCCGCCCUACGAGCCUUACGCGUCCGUGUCGCGAGGCCGAUCGCCCGGCGUGGAGUCAAGGCGAUUGCUCAAAACCAAGCCCUCCGACCUGCGAUCCAACCAUGAUGACUCCGAUCUAGCAGGUACGCAGAGCUCUACUGCCUUUGAUGCCCCACCAUCCUCGCAUCAUGAAAGAUCGCCAUCUGCCGCGUCGAACACCCAUGCUCUUCCUGGCCCAAAAUCCGACCUUGAUGAGACGUCAUCAUUGGUGUCGAAAGCCAACUCGAGAAAUUCUCGGGAUUCUCAUGACCACGACGCGGACGAUGACGAUGAUGCUCUCUCUGACGUUGCCCCUGACUCACCUCACCCAGACAUUAGAGGCUUGGCGAUGCUGCCCAGGAUUGAAUUUUGGCAGUUAUUUUUGACGAUGGCGCUUUUAUCCGGCAUUGGAUUGAUGACUAUUAAUAACAUUGGCAACAGUACCAAGGCACUGUGGAAAUAUUACGAUGACAGCGCCAGCUCCAAAUUUAUUCAGCAGCGGCAGGUGAUGCACGUGUCCGUGCUUUCCUUUGGCAACUUCAUUGGCCGUCUCUCGAGUGGAAUUGGAUCCGACGUACUGGUAAAAAAGCUGGACAUGUCCCGAUUCUGGUGCCUGUUUAUCUCGGCCGUCGUGUUCACUCUGACACAACUUGCCGGGUCGACAAUUUCCAACCCUCACCAACUCGUGGUAGUCUCCGGCUUCACCGGUGUCGCCUACGGGUUCCUAUUUGGCGUCUUCCCGUCUCUGGUCGCGCACACGUUCGGUAUUGGCGGCCUCUCUCAAAACUGGGGCGUCAUGACCCUCGCCCCCGUCUUCAGCGGGAACGUCUUCAAUCUGCUCUACGGUAGCAUCUUCGACCGACACUCUGUGGUGGGCGACGACGGCGAUCGUGAUUGUCCCGAUGGUCUAGGGUGCUACCAAGCCGCCUACUAUACUACCUUCUUCUCGGGUCUUGCCGGAGUCAUUGUCUGUCUAUGGAGUAUUGUGCGCGAGAAGCGUCUCCAUAGCGCAGAACUACGCAAGAAGGUUGAGCACGAUCGUCUAGCUUGAUUGUGACCACUGCAUCCAUAUCUAGAACUUGACUUUUCCCCUGAUCCUAUUAGCUAGCAUGUGGGCUUUGCGUUCUAUUUUCUGAUUUAUUAAUACCCCUCUCUCUUUUGGAUCCACGGCCAUUUUUUAUUUUUUUUUCUUAUCUCACGUCACAGACUAUAUAGAUUGGUGGUUCGCUAGAACUGAGUUUGACCGAACUGGACUCGUUCAUUAUCAUAUUUGGAUAUUUAGCAUUUCCUUCUCUUUCUCCUGUUUUCUUCGUUCUUUCUGUCUAUCAUUUUAUUUUGUGUGCUCAUCUGAUCUUGGGCCUUUAUCUAUCUCCGGCAAAUAAAUUGAUAGAUACUUGGGUUAUUU